GCGCAGUUUACCCCGGAUACCAGCGGUUUCACAUCCCGGGUAUCUCCCUCCCUCCUGCUCCUCCUGCUCCUCCUUCACCCGCUCCGCCUCCCUUCUUGCGUUCUCCACCACCGGGGAGGUCCAUAGGCAGCCGAGCUAACUCCCGAAACCCGGGCCCCUGAAGUUUGCGUGCGGCACCGGGAAGACAAGGUCCCGCUUGCCCCGCACAGCUGCUUGCACAUGACGCGGGCUCCGCUGAUGUUCGUACCCGGAGCCGAGCGCUCCCCUUCGGUGCGACAUCUCGGCGCUACCGUGAGCUAACAACAUCGAUCUUCUCUGCUGCUUCCACCGCCCCCUCUCUGCCUCUGGUCGACCCCGCUACCGAUCUGUCACAUUGAGCGUUGAUUGAUUAGCUGGCUCUGGAGCUCCGGGGGCAUCCCGCCUAUCAUCGUCCAUCAUUCGGUGCAGGAAUCCCGAUCAGAAGCCCCCUUUUCUCUGCUUCUCUUCUGCCUUUUUAGGGUCCGCCUCCUCUCUACCUCAGCAGCCCCGAUGCCGCCUGGUCCAUAUCCCUGUGUGUAGCACCAUCAUCUCCUACUUCUAUUAUAAACCUUCAUCGGGUCUGUUGCCUUUAAUAAUCCGAUCAAGAAGCGCUUCAAGGCGGCUACCGCCUGCGACGACCCCCGCGGACAGCUCUGGUCCUCAAGUCUGAUUUUCCCUCUCCUCUCUGCAAACCAGCUGGCUGGCGUGUUCCACUUUCCUCCCACACGCAGCUGCCCCACUAUUCCUUAAAUCCUUCACCAGCCUCCCAGAGUCGGUCCAACCAUCCACACCGCUGCAGGCCUCCGUGACGCCCGCCCCGCGGCGUCCGAGCCACGGGUCCCACCAUGCCGGGUCCGGUGGCCGGGAGCAAGGCCCGUGUGUACGCAGACGUCAACACCCUGAAGAGCCGGGAGUACUGGGACUACGAGGCCCAUGUUCCAAACUGGAACAACCAGGAGGACUACCAGCUGGUCCGUAAGCUGGGCAGAGGGAAGUACAGUGAGGUGUUCGAGGCUAUCAACAUCACUAACAAUGAGAAGGUUGUGGUCAAGAUCCUGAAGCCUGUCAAGAAGAAAAAGAUCAAGCGAGAGAUAAAGAUUCUGGAAAACCUGCGAGGGGGGACCAACAUAAUCCGUCUCGUGGACACAGUCAAAGACCCGGUGUCGAGGACUCCAGCACUCGUGUUUGAAUCCAUCAAUAACACAGACUUUAAGGAGUUGUACCAGAAGUUGACAGAUUAUGACAUUCGUUUCUACAUGUACGAACUACUGAAGGCUCUGGACUACUGUCACAGUAUGGGAAUCAUGCACCGCGACGUCAAACCUCACAACGUGAUGAUCGACCACCAGUUAAGAAAGAUGUAUGACUACAGUUUAGACAUGUGGAGUCUGGGAUGCAUGCUGGCCAGCAUGAUCUUUCAGAAAGAACCAUUCUUCCACGGACAAGACAAUUACGACCAGCUGGUGAGAAUUGCCAAAGUCCUGGGGACCGACGAGCUGUUCGGUUACCUGCGGAAAUAUCACAUCGAACUGGACCCGCGCUUCAAAGACCUGCUAGGACAGCAGAGCAGGAAGCGAUGGGAACAGUUUGUGCAGACUGAGAACCAGCAUUUAGUGAGUCCUGAAGCUCUGGACCUGCUGGAUAAGCUGCUCCGCUACGACCACCAACAGAGACUGACAGCCACCGAGGCCAUGGAGCACCCCUACUUCUAUCCUGUAGUAAAGGAGCAGUCUCUAUCAAACUCUGACAACAACAUGGUUUCUAGUGGCAACACUACAGCACGAUGAAAGAAGUGGAAGGAAGAUGGAUGUCUGUUACCUCAACUUUGUAACCGCUUGUGUCAGGAACUUUGACGAAGUGUACAGCAACAAAUGGCUCAAAGCGACUCGGACCAGUUUACACAUUCACAGAAACAUUCACACGGACAAACGUCAAUGCAAGCACACGUCUCCAAACACAAACAGAUGCAGAAACAAACACAAAAAAAAAACCCCGCCCUCCUCCUCUUCCUCUGUGUCGGUUUGUGAUUGGCUCGUCCUGGUUUCCCGUCUGGCAAUCUGACCAAUGACCUCGAAGCUGCUGCUCCCCACUCCUUUGACUGCUUCCUGUCCCGUCCUGUCUGGGUCUCAUGUAGGUCAACAAAGACAUUUAAAGUACUCUUGUUUGUCAUCCUUUCAUCCCCACUUUUAUGUUUCCUUCUUCCUUGACUGCAUCAGCAUGGAGAAUGAACAGGAGGUCUGAUUUUUUUUUUUCUUUCUUUCCCCGCCCGUCUUUGCCUUUCCAUCUUCCUCCUCCCCAACAGACCACAGGCGUCUUAGCACUACUCCAGAUCUGAUGGCAUGGUGGACUCUCUAGAUAAUAUGAUAAAUAUAAUAUUAAUGACAAAUAAAUGAUUUUUAUUUAGAUGAA